AUGCCCCUCCGCCUCCGGGCUUCUGUCGCCGGGCGCUCGCCGGAGCUGCCGGCUUCUCCAGCUCCUCGCCGGCGCUGGCGUCGUCGUCCUCGUCCACAGCCUUGUCUCCGACGCGCCGGGACUGGCAAUGAGCUGCUCCUCGAGGUCACGUGGUCGCAGGCGCCCGACGGGCCCGCGCUCUCCGCCGCCGUCCACGAGGCCGCCGCCGCGCCGCGCCACCUGCACAAGAAGAAGGGGAGCGGGACGUUCACGGCGGGGAGCUGCGUGGUGGGCGUCUUCUGGGACUACGCCGCGGCGCGGUACGCCGCCGGCGGGGCCGGGCCCGAGCCGGCCUCCGGGUUCUACGUCGCCGUCGUGGCGGACGCAGAGUUCGUGCUCCUGCUGGGCGACCUGAGCCGCGGGUACGUCGAGCGGCUGCACGGCGGGAUACCGAUCGCGGGCUCCCGGAUGGCGCGGCGCCGGGAGCGGUUCGUCGGGUGCGGCUGCUGGUCCACGAGAGCCCGGUUCCUGGAGGCCGGCGCGGAGCACGAGAUCGGCGUCGUGGUGCUGGACGGCGACGCUGAGGCCUGGGUCACCGUGGACGGCCGCAAGAUGUAG